UGCUGCUGCUUGCACCAUCCUGGGAGGACAAAGGAAGCGAGUGUAAGGCCGUGGGAGGGAGGCGUAAGAAUCCAUGGGAAAUAUAGAGCAGAAAAAGCGUAGGGUUCAAGAGAAUCAGACUCGAAGAAGAGCAAGGGAAAUCCUUGACAGAUAAUCUGGAAGGGAAUCCUAAAGUGAACCACAAGCAGAAGGUACAGUAGUUGCCUCGACACUACAGCAGAUUAUCCAAUGUUGGGAAGAUUUUCUUAUGCCAGGGUUGCCAUCUGUCCAGAAUUUUCCGGACAUAGCCGGAAUACCGCAGUCGGAAGCAAUGUCCGGGCAAAGAAUCGCAAAAAAAUGUCCGGGAAAAUCUGAUCAUAUGGCAACCUAUGUCGCUAGUGUUGUUUUCGGUUAUUUACCUUUAAAAAUAGCUCAGAAACCUCUCUCUUUUUUGGGGUGGGGGUGUCAAUUUUGCCCCAAAAGCUCAACAACCUUUGUGUACGGAUGUUCACUUUUUGAAAUAUGGCAACCCUCAUUUAGGCAAUCCCUGAUUUUUUUAAACCUCAGCUCUCUGUUACUGGAGGGACGUGGGUGGUGCUGUGGUGUAAACCACUGAGCCUAGGGCUUGUCGAUUGGAAGGUUGGCAGUUCAAAUCCCCGCGACGGGGUGAGCUCCCGUUGCUCGGUCCCUGCUCCUGCCCACCUAGCAGUUCGAAAGCACAUCAAAGUGCAAGUGGAUAAAUAGGUACCGCUCCGGCGGGAAGGUAACCGGCGUUUCCGUGCGCUGCUCUGGUUGGCCAGAAGCGGCUUAGUCAUGCUGGCCACAUGACCCGGAAGCUGUCUGCAGACAAACGCCGGCUCCCUUGGCCUAUAGAAAGAGAUGAGCAUGCAACCCCAGAGUCGUCCGCGACUGGACCUGACGGUCAGGGGCACCUUUACCUUUACCCCAUUACUGGAGCUUAAACUGUUCCCUUUCCGCAGUGAAUGUCAUUAUUUGAGAACUUAAAAGAACAGUUAAAAUCUGUUAGGCAACUGCCCCUCCUUUCCCACCUUCUCCAGAUGAUUCUCCUGAGUGCAGCACCCAAAUCCCUGAAUAGGCAAAAGGCAGGGGGCCUGAUGAUGAACUUGCCCCUCAAUUUGUUGUCUUCAUGGGUCUUUCUUCCUUCUUGUCAUUGCAGCCAUGGCCCCCAAGAAACCACCAGCACCAGCACCAGCAAAGGCGGCGGCGGCGGCACCACCAGCACCAGAACAACAUGGCAUGACACCGCAACGUUUAAAGAUGAUAUGGAUGUGCAUUGGUGGGACGGUAUUGGUUUUCGGUACCAUAGCUGCAGUGAUGGGCUAUCUCUGUAAGUUCAACUCUGUCUGCUGACACACACCUUCCCCAAGCUGCUCCUGAACAAACUGUGCCGCUUGGUUUCUCCUGCUAAAGGACAAGGUGCCCUUGCGCAGUGAACAGGGGAGGAGGGCUGGGCACAGCUAAGACGCGUCUGUUGGCACCCCGCACCUGGCGGCAGGCUUGUUGAAGGGGCCCUUAGCAUGUACAGACACUCCAAGCACCCUUGUUUUCCAGGGCUGGAUCUAUGCUGAACUUUUAAACGUUAUUAGAACGAUAUUAGAUACUUUGUUCUAAAACGUCACAGGACAUACUGGUACAGUCACACCUCAGGUUGAAGUAGCUCCGCGGUGACCUGGAAGUAAUGGAGCGCGUUACUUCCGGGUUUUGCCGCUUGCGCAUGCACAGACUCUCAAAAUGACGUCAUGCACAUGCGCGGAAGUGGUGAAACGCGACCCGCGCACGCGCAGAUGCGCAAUCACGUCUUACGUUUACUUCAGGAUGCAAACAGGGCUCUGGAAUGAAUCCCGUUCUUAUACAGAGGCACCACUGUACAUUAAAUAACAUCCCUUACCUGUUUUUUGUUGGUAACAAUGCAGUUUGCCUAUUCCCUGGUUCCUGGUUGCUCUGCAGAAACCUCUGGCAUCAAAUUUUAAUAACACAUUGUUAACAUUACAAGCAACACGUAAUGUGUCCAUCUAUGUUAUGAAAAGCAUUCCUUAAUUCUUCCUAUUUUUAUAAACCAUGAGUGUAUAUCAAUCACGGGGACAAUCACAGAUUUACAGAAGCCGUCCCGAUUUCUGAUUUGAUCCUGGAAUGUCCCAUUUUCCCUUAGAACGUCUUUAUUUUCAUUGGAGAAAUGUUGGAGGGUGUGCCGUUUUGUGACCCCCCAAGCCAAGCAGAUAAGUAACUAUACAGCCUUCCAUCAGCUUUGGCUGGUGGCCCAGCUACGCCCCUAUCUGGACAGGGAUAGCCUAACUACUAUUGUCUAAGCUCUGGUAACCUCAAGGUUAGAUUACAGUGGUACCUCGGGUUAAGAACUUAAUUUGUUCUGGAGGUCCGUUCUUAACCUGAACUGUUCUUAACCUGAGGUACUACUUUAGCUAAUGGGGCCUCCUGCUGCUGCCACGCCACCACCACACGAUUUCUGUUCUCAUCCUGAAGCAAAGUUCUUAACUUGAGGUACUAUUUCUGGGUUAGCGGAGUCUGUAACCUGAAGCGUCUGUAACCUGAGGUACCACUGUACUGCAAUGCGUUAUAUGUCAGGCUGCCUCUGAAGACGGUUCGGAAACUUCAGCUGGUGCAGAAUUCAGCGGUCAGGUUGCUCACCGGAGCAAGAUGGUUUGAACAUAUUACACCGAUCCUGGUCCGACUGCACUGACUACCGAUUAGUUUCUGGGCCCAAUUCAAAGUGCUGGUUUUGCCCUAUAAAGCCUUAAAUGGCUCAGGACCACAAUGCCUCAAGGACCGCCUCUUUCUAUAUGAACCUACCUGGACCCCUGAGAUCAUCUUCUGAGGCCCUCAUUCGUGUGCCUCCUCCUCGAGAGAUACAGAGGGUGGCAACAUGAAAACGGGGCCUUCUCUGCAGUGGCUCCCCGUCUAUGGAAUGCUCUCCCCAGGGAAGUUCUCCUGGACUCUCCUUCCUUGGAGGUUUUAAAGCAGAGGUUGGAUAGCCAUCUGUCAUGGAUGCUUUAGCUGAGAUUCCUGCAAUGCAGGGGGUUUUAAAGCAGAGGUUGGAUAGCCAUCUGUCAUGGAUGCUUUAGCUGAGAUUCCUGCAAUGCAGGGGGUUGGACUAGAUGGCCAUUGGGGUCCCUUCCAACUCUAUGAUUCUGUGAUCUCAGGCUGGGUAGCUGGUAGAGGGCUUUGCAGGAGUCUCUGAAGAGCUACUACCUGUUGAGAAGACAGUCCAAGGCUUGGUGGAACACGGCUCAACCUCUGAAUAUGGCAGUUUCAUGUGCUUAUUAUGGGGUUAUUGGGGGGGGCAGUUGUUUGGCAGCUGGAAAUCUGAGUUCCCAUCCUUGUUUUAAUACCUUUAGAUAGCAAUAUGCUGGCGGAACCACCCCAUCACCUUGAACCGUCGUUGAACAGACUCAGAAGCUCAAUGGCCGCUUCGUACAGACGCCCUAAGCUCAAUUACGGAAAUGGUAAGUGGGAUAGGAAUAACUGUUUAUUUCCAAUUCCGGUUUCGAAAUGCGGGGCGUGGCACAGUUUCCAUAGCUCUGAGGACUGAAAAGGCGGAAAUCUCCUGAAGAUUGUUGUUAUUUAGUCGUUUAGUCGUGUCCGACUCUUUGUGACCCCCUGGACCAGAGCACGCCAGGCACUCCUGUCUUCCACUGCCUCCAGCAGUUUGGUCAAACUCAUGUUCGUACCUUCCAGAACACUGUCCCACCAUCUCGUCCUCUGUCGUCCCCUUCUCCUUGGGCCCUCCAUCUUUCCCAACAUUAGGGUCUUUUCCAGGGAGUCUUCUCUUCUCAUGAGGUGGCCAAAGUCUUGGAGCCUCAGCUUCAGGAUCUGUCCUUCCAGUGAGCACUCAGGGCUGAUUUCCUUCAGAAUGGAGAGAGUUGAUCUUCUUGCAGUCCAUGGGACUCUCAAGAGUCUCCUCUAGCACCAGAAUUCAAAAGCAUCAAUUCUUCUGUGAUCAGCCUUCUUCAUGGUCCAGCUCUCACUUCCAUACAUCACUACUGGGAAAACCAUAGCUUUAACUAUACGGACCUUUGUUGGCAACUCCUGAAGAUACAGAUGUGGAAUUUUGGCUAGCCUUUAUAGGAAGUUUGUGGGUUCUGUGUAUAUAGCAAUAUCCACCAUAAUAUCAAAUCAUGAUAGGAUGUUCCCAGGGCUUCCCCCCCCCAGCUGGAACUCACUAGAACUGAGUUCUGGCACCUCUCAGGUGGGCACCAUUGCCAUUCUAAAAGAACGAGGGGAAAGUUGAUGGUGAGUUCCGGUAACCCUUUCCCUAGAAAAAUAGAACUUAUUCUUAUUAUUUAGAUAUAGACCCCGCCCAAAUUCCUCCAAAGAAGGUCAGAGCAGCGAACAUGCCAGCACUAAUAUUUAUUGACAAUGCUAGCACAACUGAAACUUCUUAAUAACAGUUUAAAACAACCUUCUAAGGAAGGAAUGUUGCAUUUGAUUACAUCCCACAAUUGUAACAUAGUUAUCCUGGAAAAGGUUUAAGUUCUUUGCUGAUAUCCAUUUCCCCAAAUAUUUAACCCCCCUGUUUUAAUUCUCGUAAUAUUCUCAAGUCUUUCUUUUGCCUGUGAGUCUAGAUUUUUAACUAUCAUUCCCCCCUUCCCCUUAUUUAUAUAGAAUCCUGCUAAGUUGCCAAAUUUUGUUAUUGUUUCUGUUGUCCUUGGGACACUUUCUAUCAGAUUUUCCAAUGUCAACACAACGUUGUCCACAAGGCUUUGACUUCGGACUCUCUCAGCCCAACCUUAACUCCUGUUAUUUCAUCAUUUCCCCAUAUUUCUCUACUUAACACUUCCAAUGUUGGGAUUAACAACAGUGGAGACAGGGGGCAUCCCUGCCUUGUCCUCAUUAUUGGGAUUUCAGUUGGGGGGGGGGAGGGAAUUUCCGAAAGGCAGCACUUUAGAUCUUAGGCAAAUCAAUUAAAAAAUUGUGGGGUUUUUUUUGACGUUUUAGAGUGUCCUCCUUUUUAUAAUGGGUGGCGCUGUGGGUUAAACCACAGAGCCUAGGCUUGCCGAUCAGAAGGUUGGCGGUUUGAAUCCCCGUGACGGGGUGAGCUCCCGUUGCUCGGUCUCAGCUCCUGCCAACCUAGCAGUUCGAAAGCACGUCAAAGUGCAAGUAGAAAAAUAGGUACCGCUCCGGUGGGAAGGUAAACGGCAUUUCUGUGCACUUCUCUGGUUCGCCAGAAGCAGCUUAGUCAUGCUGGCCACAUGACCCGGUAGCUUUACGCUGGCUCCCUUGGUCAAUAAAGCGAGAUGAGCAUCGCAACCCCAGAGUCGGUCACAAUUGGACCUAAUGGUCAGGGGUCCCCUUUACCUUUUUAUAAUAUGGGAACCCUAUAACAUGUUCAAAUGAAGAAGCAAACGUGUCUGGGUCUGGGUUGGGCUGGUGCUGAAGAAACUCUCAUUCUAAUUUUGGGAAUACUUUCAGCCAUAAAGGUAUCAGAUUUUGCUUUGACGUUGAUGGACACAUUGAAAAGCAACCAGCAUGAAUAUGCUGAGCAGAAGAAAAACUACCGUAAGUACCUGCAUGUCAAAAUACAGGGCACACUCAGAGAACGCAAGGGGGCAAAUAGAUAUGGCGGUGAGCCAGAAACUGAAAGGGUGGAAUGCUGGAAUUGCAAAAGGGGGGGCACACCCUUAGCUUCCACAAAAAUUAAAGGCCACCCCGAAUGAACAUUAAAUGCUGGCACAGAGCACCGGCUAAGGGAAGGAGCUGGGACAUAUCAGUGUUCAAACUCAGCCAUUGGGCAGCUUUCUCUUGCGUUUACCCAGGCCCUGAUCUGCCAGUUUUGGUUUCUUUAUUCAGCUUCUCAGUUUCCCACAUUUCCACAGCAGUUUGCAUUUAUUUAAAACAGGUUGUUAUGAAAAUGCACGAGCAUUUCAGCACACGUUUCUCCUCAAUAUGCCCAGUUUUGCUUGCGGUUUUGCUUCAGAUGCAAUUUUUAUUUUUUGCAAAGUAAUUUCCUCUUAAGAGGAUGCGGUCCCCGCCCUCCUCCCCCGUUGUCAUCACAAACAUAGGCAUUUCAACACUCCCUUCACCCUAGUCUAUGCCUUUUCCCAAAGUUCCUUGCCUGGCGAACUGCAUUUCAAAACCCAGAGGAGUGUAAUUUUUGAGGAGUGGUUGUGUUUCAGGUCGUUUCGGAGAGUGCAAAUCGGACAGGUUUGCCUUUAAAUCAAACCCCCUCCUCCACUGAAGCAACUGCUUGUGGAGCCACAGGUCAGCAGAAAAGCCCAACCGUUGCAGGGAAAUAAUCUUUGGGCGAAACAGGGAAUCCAGGAAUCCUUGUCUUGUCUGCCUGGGCCAGCAUCCAUCAGUGCCAUUAAUUUAAUUUGAUUUUGAAUUGAUUUUAAAAUGAAUUGAUUUUAGAAUGCUGUGUUACUUUUACUGUUGUUAGCCGCUCUGAGCCCGGCUUCGCCUGGGGAGGGCGGGAUAUAAAUAAAAUUAUUUAUUAUUAUUAUUAUUAUUUUGUCUGCCAGCCCAAUCAUCUUCAUUAGACACUUAGAAGAUUAUUUCACGCCACUCUUCUAAGGAAUAUGACAGACAGAAAAAUACAAGAGAAGAUGGAGAAAUUAGAAUGUAGAAUGUAGCAGGGCACUGACAAUAUAGGACUUGUAUUUUGUACAUACUGAACUUGGUGGUCAGCUGGAAAGCUACAUUUUAAUAUAUUAUGUCGCGAUGUUGAUUUUGACAUUGUAAGAAGCUGUAUUUAAUUUUUGAGAAGUAGUUUCUACUAAAUAACUUUGCAAUUGUUACUAUAUGGCCUAUUACGUUUACGUGUUUUUUCAAUGGGAUUUGCGUAAUAUAGGCAUUUUAGUGGUUUUUGGUUUCUGGUGCCUGCUGCAGCAUGACACCUAGUGCAAACGCACCGGGCAUGCUAACCUCAAACCAACUCUGUGUGCCCGAUGCAUAUGAUUUCUCCAGUCAAGAACCGGUCCUAGCCACUUGUCAAAACUUGUGCAUGAGGCUGAUCCUGAUGAAGGAUCUGGUUCGUGGAGCCGAAAAAGGUCCCUCACCGCUUAGGCCCAUUGACAGAACCGUAGCGAGGUGAUCUUGCGCCCCUGGCAGAACCAUCCAGAUUGCAUCCCCUAGCCACGGACAAAUUAGCUCUUCUUUCUGCCUCUCCUCCAACCCCCCUCCACCUAUUCAAUUCACCCUCUAUUAAAAACCAUUUCUUAUGAGGCAAUAAUCAAUAUUUAUAUUUAUGGACUUUUUUUUAGCCGAUUUUGCGCCCCCCAAUCGCCUGCGCCCCUGGCGGGGGCCCACCUCACCAUCCCCUAGCUACGGCCCUGCCCGUCGCCCCAUCUCAUAUCAUUGAGGUCCAGUUCCAAGGGCCUUCUGGUGAUUCCCUCACUGCAAGAAGCGAAGUUACAGGGAACCAGGCAGAGGGCCUUCUCGGUGGCGGCGCCUGUGCUGUGGAACACCCUCCCACCAGAUGUAAAGGAAAUAAACAACAAUUUUAUUUUUGUAGCAUAGCUAAAAGUGCUAAUGGAGAAGUUGGGAUAAUGCAGCAGUUUAAGGUCUUAUCAGUUUCUCUGAAUACUGUUGCCCAGAAUUCUUGUGCUCUGGCACAACCGCACCAUCGUUUCGUGGAUGGCCCUACCCCAGUCUCCAGGUCUUGCGUGGCAUUCCCAGUCCUGUGAUUAUGUAACACAAGGAAGCUUAGAGGUCUCUGCCACUUCUUCCUCUAGGUAGGCUAGGCUGCAAGAGCGAAUGACACACCCCACAUCACAUAUGGGAUGGACAGGGUUUUGAACACAACUGCUCGCAGUCCAUGUACCAUGCAAUAGCAGCAUCCCUCUCUUUCACUCAUAGAAAGUCUCUACAAGAAAGAUACUAAAGCCAGAUCUGCUGGUACCUGGGAUACUUUUGGGAGGAAUCUCUACUAUGUUUCAAAAGGAAGAAAGACCUGGUAUGAUGCAGAGAACUUCUGUGUGUCCAGAGAUGCCCACCUGGCCUCCGUCUUAAGUGAUGAAGAACAGGUUAUAUAUAUUUUUCUUUCUCUCUUCCACGAAGUGGUCAACCUCUCUUGUGCCCAAUUCUCCUGUCAACCUUGGUUCUUCUUGCCCUCGCCUGCAAAUGUGUUAUGAUUUCUUGCAGCUAUUUCCAUGGCUGCUUUGUUUUUUGUUUUUGUUUUAAAUAAUUUCUAUUCAUUUUCAAUUACAAAAAUCCAAUACGCGUCAAAUUAUAUUAACACCCAAUAGCAAUACCAAUUCAGAUACAAAUCAAUUACAUAGCCAGUUAUAAAUUUUGUAUGGCUUCCCAUGUGCUGUUCUCCAGGGUCUGGUUCUCUUUAGUUCUGACUCCAGACUAUUGCUCAAACCAAAUGCAAUCCAUUCUCCAUAAAAUCCCUUAUACCACAGCUACAGUGAUUAACUUCAAUUCGUAUUAACACAUAUAAAGGUACCCCUGCCCGUACGGGCCAGCCUUGCCAGACUCUAGGGUUGUGCGCUCAUCUCACUCUAGAGGCCGGGGGCCAGCGCUGUCCGGAGACACUUCCGGGUCACGUGGCCAGCAUGACAAGCUGCAUCUGGCGAGCCAGCGCAGCACACGGAACGCCGUUUACCUUCCCGCUGGUAAGCGGUCCCUAUUUAUCUACUUGCACCCGGGGGUGCUUUCGAACUGCUAGGUUGGCAGGCGCUGGGACCGAACGAUGGGAGCGCACCCCGCCGCGGGGAUUUGAACCGCCGACCAUGCGAUCGGCAAGCUCUAGGCGCUGAGGUUUUACCCACAGCGCCACCUGCAUCCCAUUAACACAUAUAGUAGUUUGUAAAUUUGCAAACGAAGUUCUCUUUUCUUCUUCCUGUGUGAGGUUUUAAGUUCCAUCAAUUGUUCUGUUAUCAAAUAUUAUGUCCAUAUUAAUUAGUUCCUGAUCUCCUUUGAUGACUCGAAGUUACUCUGGAGAGGUCUCUCUCUUUGUUCUCAUCUCUUCUGAUGCGGCUGUAAAAUUCCACUUUCAAUUUCUAACAGGGAGUCACCCAAUGUUUUGCCAAAGUCCUGGCUGGCUGGCCUCCAGGUUCUCCCCUCCACGUCCAGUCAAAGCAAUUAUUUAUAAUUAUAAUUAUGCCCCACCAGAGCCCCGGCAAGUCUUCGAAAUCCAGUCCCUCCUCCCCUCAAUGAGGGGGCAAGUGAAAAAAUUAACUCCGCAGAGGUUCCAAGCCAUUUUUAUUAUCUACCUCGAAGUACAUGUUUCCGUCUGCCUCGCAACAAGUCACAGCAUUCAAUGUGCAGUUCCUUACUGCCACAUUGCUCAGGCUUAGGUAGCUGAAUUGGGGCAUUUUGUCAGCUGAGGUCGUUUCUUCUUUCUGCAGAAUUACAUCACUUCUCAGCUCAAAGAUCCCGCCUGGAUUGGUUUUACAGAUGAAAAGGAGGAAGGCAAAUGGGAAUGGACAGAUGGCUCCAGGGUAACAAAACAGUAAGUCUUUUUUAAGAGGGGGGGGGUUAUUUCAAGAGGUGUUAGGGAACUGUUCUUGAGCAUGUAAAGAAGUUAAGUAAUCUUUACAACACAAUCUGCUGUGGUGCCUUGCACAUGCAUAUGUGAUGCACCCCCAAACUCACCAGGCCAGCUGACCCCUGAUUUACACAAUGGGUCCUGCGUGAUUGGCUGAUUCAACUCCCCUCCUGGAGCCUGAUUGGACUGCUCCUGCAGGCCAAUCCGGUUGCUGAUUCACUUCCGCCUGGAGCUGGAUUGGGCGGCUCCUGCAGACCAAUCAGGUUGCUGCCUUCUAGGAUCCUACCUGCCUAUUGUUCUAGGAUCCAAGCUCAGUACAUAACAGUGUCACAGCCCAUUUUGCCUCAACAGGUCUUGCCACCUCUCACAUCCUCCUCAUUCUGUUGCCUUGGUAGACCCAGCCUCUCUGUAUGUCUUGGAUUUAAUGGAAGUCUUUCCUCUCUGGUCCCAGGUAUUGGCACGAGGAAAACACUUACUUCACAGAAAGCAAGAGAAGACUGGAGAAGGACUGCACAUCCAUAGUGCCUUCGCUGGCUGGAAACAAUUGGCGCGAUACCUAUUGCCACGAACUACGGAACUGGGUUUGUAAGGAGAGCGUAGAAAUUUAAGUUGGCAAAACCUGGGCCAACGCGUGACUGAAGACAGAAUGGGUUUCAUCCCAUGGUUCAACUUCAGGAGACGUCUGCUUAGAAAGAAUGAACAGAAAUAUACUAUUCCACGCAAGCCUUGUUCUUUGUGCUCCCUGAAACCAAGAGAGUUGAGAGGUUGUUUCAGGGGCGUCUUACCCAUAGACGUUAGUGGCGCAGGGCGCCAGGGCGCCAGAUUUUGGAGGGCACCACAGGCUGAGUGUCCGGGAAGGAGAGUCGGGGCUCGCUCCCUUCCCCGCUGUGGGGCAGCCCGCUCUUCUCCUCUCAGCCACCCAUCGGAGCACGCUGCAUCUGGCUCAGGGAAGCCCCUUCACGUCCCCUCUUGCCGUGGCUGCCUGGGUAUCAGACGGGCGUGAUCGGGAGCGGUCGUGGGGCGCCCCUUUCUGGCCGAGUCGCUGCCUGCACGCCUCCCUGCGGAGUCUGCGAGCGGAGCAGGGAAGCACCCUGUGUGAUCCUGGCGCCAAGCAAGGAUGGCACAGCCUGCAAGCCACCUGAUCUGCUUGCUGGCACUCCUGUGGCGCAGACUUCCCCGGAUGGGGGCAGGUAAAGGGCACCGGGCGCUUAGAGGGAGGCUUCGCAGGAGGCCAUCUGGGCUGUGAUCUGGGUGCCUCUUACUUAUGUGCAGUGCCGAGCACGCGCUGGACCACGCGAUGUAAACGAGCCGGGCCAAAGUCCGUCCCCCCACUUAAAAAUUACGGUUAUUAUUUGUUGUUCCCUAAUACAAUUUCCCCCCAAAUUCUUAGCCUCCUCUUUCUUUAUCCUUUUUAAAGACCUCACUUAGUUGAAAAUAUUGAAACCAAUCUAUAAUCCAAUUUGGAAUCCCUUCCUUAUUUUAUUUUUUAAAAAUCUCUUAAAAUUAAGGAGAUCCUUAUAAGUACCCCAAUUCUUAUCCAAAUUUACUUUUUUCACUGCCACAGCCCCAGUAGGCGAUAUCCAAUCAAGGGUCUUCCUUUCUAGAAGGUCUUUGUGUCUUGCCAAAACACUACGUAAGUUCUUCCUUAUUAUGUGGUUUAGGAAUCCCUUAUGUAGCUUGGUUUUUCCAUAGUAAAGGUAAGCAUGCCAUCCAAAAGAUAGGUUGAACCCCUCUAGGUCUGGGAUGUUGGCAUUUUUUAGUUUCACCCAUUCAUUUAUCCAACACAAACAUGCCGCCUCAUAAUACAAUUUCAGGUCUGGGAGAGCAAACCCCUCUCUUUGGAGAGGAGAAAGCAAUAGAAAAAGAAAUAAAUAAAGAGUAGAAAAGAGGUUACAAGAUAAAGAUAAGACAAAUAAGAUGCCAAAAUAAAGGGUUUUCGAUUCUUCAUACGUCCACAUAUAAAACCAAUAUUUGCUUCAUCCAAUCAAAUAUAACACCCAACAAAGCCACUUUUUAUAAACAAACAUGUUCAAUCCUCAAAUGGCACUGGACACUUUCUGCAGUUUUAAAAGUUGUUCCUGGCUUUGUUGAGGGCUCCUUCUCUUCCUUUUGUUGGGGGCGGGGAGUGACUUUCUUGCAGCAGAUCAAUAAAGAUGAGUCUUAAAGAGCCUGUCUUGCUUUCUUCUA